AUGCGUCAACCACAGGCCCACAGUGAAAUUCCUGACAUCGAUGGUACUCAUUUAGUGUUAAAUAUACUGUGUUCGGAGUUGGAUAGGAUUGAGAAUGUAGCCGAUUUGGAUAAGAUACAGUGGCCGGAGAACCCCAAUGGAUUGAAAAUUGCUGCCGCGUUCGAGGGUUUAGGACUCGCCACACUUGGCAAACUACCGCAAAACGCGCAAGUUGAAACAUUAAGGUUUAGUAAUAACGCCAUCAAGACGUAUUGGCCGGACCCCUUCAGCGACGUCCCGAACCUAAAGAGGCUUUCCUUCUCGCAGAACGAGCUAGUUGAGAUCACGCCCGAUCUAUUUACGAACAUCGAGAGCUUGGAGGAACUGGAUCUCUCAUACAACAAGCUAGCAAAUCUGAAUCCGUUGGAUUUCACGUUGUUGCGCGGCUUGAAGAGGUUAAAUCUGCAAAGCAAUCUAUUGAAGAAGAUCCCCGUGGGGGCGUUGGAGCCCAUGCUGGUGUUGGAAGAUCUGGAUCUGAGCAAGAACGGCAUUUACGACGUUCUACUGCGCAGGGUGGAGAGCGAACCGUUUAAAGUCGUUAAAAGAUUAAGCCUGAGCGGCAACAGGAUAAGAUCCGUGACGAAGGAAUCAUUUCCCGUGAACAAUAGUAUCGAACUUCUCGACCUGUCCAACAACGUGAUUGAGAUAGUAGAGGAAACUGCAUUCGUAACCUGCACCAGCUUACGUGAAUUGAAUCUUGCCCAGAACAACAUAACGUUCACUUUUGCACUGCCACCAUCUCUACAGAUUGCCAUAUUGAAAAUAAACACUUUGUACCACUGGCCCACAUUUCCCAGUGGCAUAACUUACAUUGAUUUAUCGUACAACCGACUCUCGGAUAUGUAUGAUGAAAGCAACGUUGAAUUUGAUAAUUUAGAGAUUCUUAAUAUCGGAGGCAACCAGAUAAAAGAAAUUAAUAUGGAAAAGAAACUGCCAAAACUGUUCAGCUUAGACAUUUCUUACAACUUUAUAAAAGACGUACCAAAAUGUCUCAGCAGUCAAAUCCUACCGAAAUUGGAGGAAUUGCGAAUGGAUGGUAACCCCGUUGAAGACAUUUAUUUCAAGAAUAUUCUAUCAUUAAAAAAUUUAUACUUGAAUGAUAUGAAUAAAUUGGUUACUGUAAAGGACAAGGCGUUUAGCAAUGUCAUUGGAAGGGGGGAUGAGACGGCAAACGAAAGAAAUUGUUUCUACCUCUAUAUGUCUAAUUGUGCCUCGUUGAGUGAAAUAGAUGAGGGCGCUUUCGAUGCCACUUCGUUGUGCAUGAUAGACAUAAGCAAGAAUAAUUUGACGCAUUUGUCGAAGGAUCUCCUCGAGUGGUCUUCACUGACCGAAGGUGCUAAUCUGCAAUAUAAUCCUUGGGAUUGUAGCUGUCAGUUGCAAUGGAUUUUGGACGAGCUGUUGCCUUUUCUUUACAAGAGCAAUUCGAGACUGCUUACGGAACUCAGAUGUGCAUCGCCGCGCGCCUAUGAAGGUUUGCGUUUAGUGCAUUGGUACAACUGGACUGAGCAGGCUAUGUGUGGGGAAAUGAUGCGGAGAUACGGCCCACAUGGAACUUACGUGUUGGAGCCAAUCGAUCGGGGAUUCGACUCCAAGGUCAGCUCCCUAACGCUCAUACUGGGUGGCUGCAUCAUUGCCGCAUUGUUAGUGGCCAUCGCCCUAUCUGUCUAUCUAGUCAGAAACCGGAGAAGGCAUAGGAUCCGCCAGGCAGCGCUGAAUCGAAAGCGCCAAAGCGCCUCAGACGUCAAAAACACCAACGGAAUAAAGAACGAGGAGUUCGCGUCGCUAAACAGAGUC